UGCAAAACUUAAACCAAACUCACUUUGAGUAAACUGACAUUUGAUUACCAUUUACUCUAAAUUGGUUUAGCCAAAAUUAAUUAAUUAUUGAUUUAUAAAGUUAAAAAAAUAUAUAUAUUUUGACAAAAAGUUAAGACUUUUUUUAAGUUCGUUUUUGGGAUCAAUUCCUGAGUAUUUGUCCCAAUGGCAGUGGACACAGAUUUUGGCAUAAAGAGCAGCAGCAUCAUGCGAGAGUGGAGUGGACAGGUCCAGCCAGCUCUUGUUGCAUCUUUUAUUUUCCUCUUCUGUCUGGAAGCCUGCCUCUGGUUCAGGGACCUAAGGCUGAAGAGAAGACUGCCAGGACCUUUCGCCUGGCCCGUGGUGGGCAACGCCAUGCAGCUGGGCCAGAUGCCUCACAUCACCUUCGCCAAACUGGCCAAAAAAUACGGUAACGUGUACCAGAUAAGACUGGGUUGCAGUGACAUUGUGGUCCUGAAUGGAGACAGGGCCAUACGUCAGGCUUUGAUAGAGCACAGCAGGGAGUUUGCCGGUAGACCAAACUUUCCCUCCUUCCAGGCGAUUUCUGGAGGAAGGAGCCUGACAUUUACUAAUUACAGCAAAGAGUGGAAAGCACACAGGAAAAUUGCCCAAUCCAGCCUGAGAGCCUUUUCCUCUGCAAACAGUCAGACCAAAACUGCCUUCGAGCAGCACGUUAUGGCCGAGGCAAUGGAAGUGGUGCGGUCAUUUUUGCGACACAGUAAAGCUGAACAGUAUUUUGAACCAUCUCAUGAGUUCACAAUAGCUGCUGCCAAUGUGCUAUGCGCUCUUUGCUUCGGGAGGAGAUAUGGGCACGAUGACCUGGAGUUCAGAACAAUGUUGAUGAGACUGCACAAGUUUGGAGAGACUGUGGGAGCGGGCAGCCUGGUUGAUGUCAUGCCUUGGCUUCAAUCCUUUCCCAACCCGGUCCGCAGUCUCUACGAAAACUUUAAGAAUCUCAACGAGGAAUUCUUUGCUUAUGUAACAGAUAAAGUUGUGCAGCACAGAGAAACUUUUGAUCCAGAUGUGACCAGAGACAUGAGCGACGCCAUCAUCAAUGUGAUCGAGCACAGAAAAGAGAGCGGCCUGACGAAAGAGUUCGUAGAAGCAACGGUAACGGAUCUGAUUGGAGCAGGCCAAGACACAAUAUCCACCAUCAUGCUGUGGAUCGUGUUACUGCUGGUCAAAUAUCCCGAGGAGCAAGCUAAACUGCAUGACCUCAUCGACAAAGUGGUUGGUCCUGAUAGACUGCCCACAACUGAGGAUCGCAGCAGCUUGGCCUACCUAGAUGCCUUUAUCUACGAGACAAUGCGCUUCACCAGUUUUGUCCCCAUCACCAUCCCUCAUUCCACCACCUCAGAUGUCACCAUCGAAGGUCUGAGCAUCCCUAAAGACACAGUAGUCUUCAUAAACCAGUGGUCUGUCAACCACGACCCCUUGAAAUGGAAGGAUCCGCAUAUCUUUAACCCCUCACGGUUCAUGGGUGACAACGGAAGCCUCGAUAAGGACGCCGUUAACAGUGUUAUGAUCUUUUCACUAGGUAAGAGGCGCUGUAUCGGUAACCAGAUUGCCAAGGUCGAAGUCUUUUUAUUUACGGCAGUCUUGUUGCAUCAAUGCGGCUUGGAGAGCGACCCCUCUCAGCCCGUCACCCUGGAUUGUUCCUACGGGCUCACGUUGAAGCCCGUCAGAUACUGUGUCACUGCCAAGCUCAGAGGAAAGUUACUUGGCUUGGUUUCCCCCGCGUGAGCUGCAUGCAUUAGCAUUGUGACACAAGGCCAGGAGAGACUUCCUCACACUUACUAGCAUACCUGUACAAAGUCUUAAUGCAAAAUGUUCCUAUUUAAUGUAUUUCAACAAGCAUUGCGAUUAGACGUUUGGUGUCAAACUGAAAUGUGAGACUGCUAGAAUUCAGGUCAAUAAAAUGUUGGCAUCAAAGCAAGGGGUUAAAAAGUUCUCAAAUUGUUCUAAACCAUGCAAUAUUAAGUGUUAAAUUCUUCUUUUGCAUGAACUUGUAGGAUCUGCACAGGGACAUCAACAGACAUUUAAUGUCCAUUUGAAUUAAUAAUGUCAUGUAAUAAAUACUUGUGAAUGUUACAGUCACUUUUUGACUCACUGUUCUCAGCCAUAAUAUCUGAGAAUAUAUUUAACCUGUCAUAUCAUGCUUCUACAAUGUGUUUUUUUAAGUUUUGUGUAGCUAUAAAUGUAAUAAUAAAUGUUAUGUAUCUACUAUAAACUACUGUAUUCAAACCAUGUGAAGACAUUGCAUUGAAAGUGAUGAUAAAAGUGAUGUCAUAUGAGAACUUUGAAGUGAAGAGUUGGACUUUCAUCAACAUCUAUCAGAGAAAAUUUGCACAAACCUUUGUGCAACCAGUGUUUCCCCAUACGCCGCCUGCCAAACACCAUUCCCAACAAUACACAAAGCACAGAUGUGCACCAUGUUUUUUUCCCAUGAGGCAUUAUCAUGACAAUGUUUGUUUACAAAAAUUUCAAAGCUACACGGAUGAUCCUGCUCCCUCUUUAGCUCUACACGCUCAGUGUAUGUUUAUUUUCUGCACGCAACUACUCAGCGGGGCUUCAUGUGCUGGCUUUAAAUGAUGACAAAAUAAGCUACCGGUAUGUCUGAAA